AUUUCGACAGCCCGCCUUCAUCCGCUCACUCGAUCCUCAUAAUACAGUCUUGAUCGAACCUCUGCACAGCGCCAAAGCACUUCAAGGAUUGUCAGUCGAUCGAUCCCGAAACAUGGCAGACGUACCUCUCUAUGUGGUCUCAGACUACGCCUCCUCCGAGAGACGGAUCACUCCCUCGUGGUCAAUUUCUCAACUCAAAGCCAAGCUUGAACGUGUCACCGGCAUCCCUCCCUCUUGCCAACAGAUCUUUCUUAAGACGCCGUCUAGUGACAAGAUCCCCGUAGAGGCUCGGGAUGAGGAGUCGGUCCAGCUGGCGCAAUUUCCCCUCAUUCCCUAUGCCGAGUUAUUGGUGGUGGACACUCGGCCGGUCUCGGCCAGGCCCAAUUUCUCGAGUACUGCUGGCGUGGAGAAGUAUGUAUUACCCGAAGAAGAAUAUGAAAAGAAGACGGAUUCAGUGCUCGCCUGGAAGAAAGCCCAAAAACUUGGGCGCUUCGACCCAAACGCCCCAAGCCACGAGCAGGCCAAGAUUGCGGCUAUUGCUCAGGAAAUCGAAGCUCGCGGGAUCGCCAUCGGGAAGCGAUGUAGGGUUGGGCAAGAUGACACGAGACGGGGAGAGAUCAUGUAUGUCGGCGAUGUCAAGGAGAUCCCAGGCUUGGGUGCUUGGGUAGGCAUCCAGCUGGACGAACCGGUGGGCAAGAACGACGGAAGCAUUGGAGGAACCCGGUACUGGGGCGAAGAGUCGGAGGUUAAGCGUGGUGUAUUCGUCAGGCCGGAGCGGGUAGAGGUCGGCGAUUUUCCGGUCCUCAAUGAUCUUGAGGAUUUGGAGGAGAUCUAACGACGUUGCCGCCAAACUGUCUGCGAUGGGCACAGAAACUCGGGGUCUUUGCCAUCGAAUGUUUGGUACCUAACUCAACGUUAGAAACGCUUCGCCUCGGGAAAGUCCCGCGUAGCAGGCAUGUGGAAAGUUCUUGAGCAUCACACGAACACACAGAACCCGGCCCAAUUCCGCC